GGGAAUUAUACUCAAAGAUUAUACAAUAUUAUUUUGUUAAUAUUGUCUUGGUUUUUAUUUGUUUAAUUUUUUGUUUAAAUUAUUGAAGUGAUAGUAUUAAAAUUUGUGUUUGUUGAAAAAACCAAUGUGUAAAAUUAAUGUAUAAUAUUUUUAUUUUGUAAAUUCCUGAUGUGUGACUCGUCUUUAGAUUCCUCUUGUUUAUCUCCUUUAGAGAAACAUAUAAACGACAAGAAGCUUACUAUUGACCUUCUCAAGAUCUCUGAUAACUCUUACGUCGGAUUCAGAGAAGAUGAAUUAAACCAAUUGACGUCCUUUUUGUCAAAAUGUAUUGAGGAUAAAAAGGGAGGCGGAAUGUUUAUAUUUGGGCUCUGUGGAACCGGAAAAACGACAACAGUUGAGUAUGCUCUAAAAAAUCUGACUUCCGGUAAGAAAGGAGUUAAAAGUGCUUUUUUAAAGGGCAGUAACUACACUUCAAUGAAGUCUUUUAAGAAUGAUUUUUACCAGAAAGUGCUUGGUUUCUCAGCCGAAAAAGCUCAUAAAACUCUAAAUCUAGCCUCUCAAGGCAGAGUUCAAGAUUAUUCCAAAUUCUGUGAUCAUCUCAUCCAGCACUUUCAGUCACAAAGAUCUCUCAAAAUAUGUUUGAUUGAUGAAGUGGACUAUUUGAGCAGUUUCACUUCAAACUUUAAGAGUUACGACAAGUCAAAUUGGCUGGUUCAGGCUCUUUUCAAGGCUUCUUGUUCCCCCAAGAGCAAGGUUGUGGUGCUGGCCAUCUCAAAUAACUUGGAGUUUGCCAGCAAGAUCAAGACUGAGAACUGUGAACGCAUGCUAUUUAAGCCCUAUAACGAGGACCAAAUGGUCAAUAUUGUUAUGGAAAAACUGAAGUCACUCAAUGAAAACUCACAAGUUCUGAAUAAAACUUCCUUGUUACUAAUAGCAAGACGUGUUGCAAACACUUCUGGUGACUGUAGAACUUAUCUGGACUCGUUCAUAAGGGCACUUUCUAGUAGUUUGAGUGAUAUUGAGAAAGACUACGUGUCAGUAGAAUCAUUCGGAUCAGCUGAUACGACUGUGGGACCAGACUCUUUUUCAAGUUCAGAACUAAUAGAUCAAGUUGACACUAACGAAGAAUUCAAGACUCCAACUAGAAAUUAUGAUACUUUAGAUAUGUCAAAGUAUAAUGUUGGAAGUAAAGAAAUUGGUGUAGUGACACCAACGCUAUCACUAAAUAAGAUUCAACAAUUGAAGAAUCAACUGUCGGAUUUACCCAUUUUCCAACUCCUGCUCCUACUUGCAAUUUGCAAAUCCUCUAUUAUUCUUAAACAAACCAUUUCUAAAACUGAUUCCAAGAAAUACUUUCUUGAAUUGGCUGAAAAAUUAAAACUUGACGCUGUGGAUGCUGAGAACUUUUGUAACUCAGAGUUUGAAAACAGCCUAGAAAACUUUAAACAAAUGAAUUUUAUCUCCAAAAAAGAAAUGGUGUUUAAAACCGACGUGAAGAACUUGGCACGGCUGGUACUGGACUCCUCACCAGCUUUUAUGGAUUUGGACUUUGAUUUGGAUAUCUGUGACCCAAACCUAAUGCUAACUAAGAGGUAUAGUAAUUUAACCAAAUCAUUCAAGUUACAAUUUAAAAAUAAAAGAUCGAGGAAGAAUUUAUGGUGGUGUCAUUAA